AUGGACAUAGUGACGCGAUGCUAUGACGAGUACAAUACUUUCCAAAACUUGAUUCACGCGCUUCCUCUCUCGGAUAAUCUACGUACGGAGCACGAAGAAAAGUACGUUGAGUUCGAAUCGCUGUACACGGAUACGGCGGUCAGGCUGAGUACACUCAUCGAGCGUGCCACGAAGCCGGUUCCAGCUCCUGUGCCGAACGCGUCUGCGGUCGCCCUCCGACAAGCCGAGCGCCUCAACCUUCCGGCGUUGCAAGUCCCGCUGCCGACCUUCGACGGGUCGUAUGAGAAAUGGUAUUCCUUCAAAGCGAUGUUUACCACGAUCAUGAACCGUUACCAGCACGAAGAACCGGCCCUGAAGCUGUACCAUUUACGGCGCUGUCUGGUCGACAAGGCGGAGGGGAUCAUCGAUCAAGAAAUUAUCGACAAUAACGACUACGAUGCCGCCUGGCUGCUCUUGAAACAACAGUACGAGGACAAGCACAUAAUCGUAGACAAGCACGUCGACAACCUGUUCAACCUGCCGAGGAUCAGCCAAGAGAGCGCGACCAACAUGCGGAAGAUGAUCAACGUCUGCACCAAGAACGUGGAGGUGCUGAAGAAGCAGAACUUGCUGGCCGUUUGGCUCGGCGAACAGAUGCUCGUGAACCUGAUCGCUGCGAAGAUGGACAAGAAGCUGCGGGUCGCUUGGGAAGCUCGCCAGAAGAAAGACGUGCUGUCGACGUACGACGCGACGAUGGAGUUCCUGCAGGAGCAGUGCCGGAUCUACGAGAAGUUCGACACGAAACCCGCGAUGGAGAGUGCUAAACCGAAAGCGGUGGCGCGGAGCCACACGCUGGUGACAAGUGAAACGAAAAGUGAACUGAAGUGCGCUGUGUGCAAGGCAAACCAUGAACUCUGGAAGUGUGAUGCUUUUAAGCAAAAGAGUGUGAGUGACAAGUACGAAGUACUGAAGAAGUGCGGAGCCUGUUUCAACUGCCUUGCAAGAGGCCAUCGAACCAGGGCGUGUUCGUCGAGGACGUGCCAGGAGUGCGGACGAAAGCACCACACGUUGCUCCAUACCGAGGACACGUCAAGCCAGACCUCCAGCAGUGCGACUUCCACGAAACCAGCAGAAGUCACGACACCAGUCGUGAAGUCCGGAAACCAGGUGACCAGCACCCCAGCAGGAACGUCUACGACGCUGUGCGCAAGCGCUGUUAUCGCCGACAAGCAAACCCUCCUCUCGACUGCCGUUGUCUUGGUCGACGGCGUGGGCAGCACUCCCUACCCGUGCCGAGUGCUGUUGGAUUCUGCCUCGCAGAUGAACUUCGUGACGGACCGUUUCGCCAACCUCCUCUCGCUAAGAACGACUCGCGCUGACUUCACGGUCAGUGGCCUGAACGGCAAUAAAACUCGAACGACGGACAAGUCUCGCCUCGGAGACUUUUCGGCCAGCCUGGAUCUGCUGGUAACCCCGGAUCACCGGUGA